AUGGUGGGCCAAGAUCUUACCGGUCAUGGCCUGACACCCUGUCUUCUUUUCCCUCCCCCAGUUCCAACCAAAGAAUCGAAAAAGGUCGAGUCCAAUGGUCAACCCAAUAUCCCGCCGCCCAAGACCGACAAGCCGAGGCCCCAUGGCUGCACCACCUGCGGUCGCUCGUUCGCUCGGCUGGAACAUCUCAAACGUCAUGAGCGCUCCCACACCAAAGAGAAGCCGUUCGAGUGUCCUGACUGUGCCCGCUGUUUCGCUCGUCGGGACCUGCUCUUGCGACACCAACAGAAACUCCACAUGACCACCACUCCAUCCUCGCGCCCUCGCAAUGGCCGGAGAGAGAGCACGGGGGCCGCGGGCGCUGGCGCCAACCGCGUGCGCAAGAACUCCAUCGUCAACAACUCCGCCACCAUGCGGCCCCGCGCCAAUACCAUCAGUCACAUCGAUGGCGCCGCCCUGGGACUCCCCAAUGCUACGAAUCCGCCACAGGCCGCCCAUCACCCGGGCCAUGCCUACCAUCCCAGUCUGGGCUCCGCCCCCGUCGGCUCGAAUUUGGACUAUCGCGGCUACGGGGUUGGUCACCCGCCUGUCAACGGUCUCUCCAAGCUGGAAACCCACGGAUUGCCCAUGGAUCUCACGGGUGGCCUGCGCACAGCGCCCGUGUAUGGGAGUUUCGACACGGGCAUGGGCGAGAUGCUCAUGGGCCACGGAAGCACCAUCAACCCGGCCCAGCUGCAUUUUGGUGGCUCCCCACAGGGCUUUGGGCACGACUCGCCCUCGUCCCCCUACGUCCACGGGGCCGCCCAGGGCAUGCCCCCGACCACCGACCCCAUGAUGGAGGAUGAGUUCAGCUUCGAUUGGAUGAAUGGCGGGUUCGACCAGUCCAUGCACAUGGGCAAGGGAAACAACGAAUCCGCCAUCGACGAAUCGUCCCCCUCGGCCAUGAGUACCGGCAGCCAGAGCGGCAUCAGCGAGGCCAUGAUGGAUGGCUCCCACCGCUACUCCAUGUCUUCCGCCAGCUGGCACAAUCCCUUUCCGGCGCAUUCGGGGGCCCAUUCCAACCAAUUUGCUGUUGACUACACCUCUCCCGCGUUUAACGAUUUAGGCAUUCCCCCAGAGACCGUCUCGCCCAAGUCGUUAAUGGCGCAGAAUCCGUUUGCUGAAACCUAUGCCACCCCUCCAUCCAUGACCUCGGUGGGCCAGCCCCUGUUGGGAGGACAUUCGCAGAGUAUGUUUUCAUCCUCUAUGGCAACCAGCGGAGAAUCUCCUAAUCCUCUCAACCUGCCUUUCGCGAAUAGUGCCCUUCGAACUCUCCAUGCCCCAACCUCCACGGAUACCUUUACAGACUCCACCCGACAGGCUCUACUAGCCAGCAUGGCCCAACCCACCGGCUUCAACCACCGCAAGUACUCCCAACCCGCCAGCAGUAUGAUCCAGUGUCGCGAUCUCUUUUCGCGCGCCAGCUUCAGUGGAUCCUCCGGUCAACUCCCCAGCACUCCAGACAUGCAACGCUACAUCUCCGCCUACAUCACCUACUUUCACCCCCACAUGCCGUUCCUGCACAUCCCCACCUUGGACUUCCAGGCGCCCGAAUAUACCAACAACCUCCGGACCCCCAGUGGCCAUCUGAACCUCAGCUCCACCGGCGUCGCCGGUGGGGGCGGCUGCCUCAUCCUCUCCAUGGCUGCCAUCGGAGCCCUCUACGAAUUGGAUACCGCUUCGUCCAAGGACCUCUUCGAGGCGGCCAAAAAGAUGAUCCAGCUAUAUCUCGAGGAACGUCGCAAGGCCGACAUGUCCUCGGCGAUCAGCCGCUCCAAUCCGACCCGCGAUAACUCCGUCCACAACACGCCCCUGUGGCUGGUCCAAGCUAUGCUACUGAAUGUCAUCUACGGGCACACCUGCGGCGACAAGACCUCGGCGGAUAUCGCCAGCACGCACUGCGCCGCCUUGGUCAGCCUGGCCCGAGCCGCCGGGUUGAACCACCACUUGGACGCCAAGGAUCUCCCGCAGGACUACCUGAACACCGGACUGAGUACGGGCGCCGACCUCGAAGGAUGGAACUCGAAUCCGGGUCAGCAAAAAGAACGCCGCGACUGGCUAGAUUGGAAGAUCGUGGAGGAGCGGAAACGAACCCUCUACGCGAUCUUCUGUCUGUCCUGUUUCCUGGUCUCCGCUUACAACCACGCUCCGGCGCUCACGAAUUCCGAGAUCCGCCUGGACCUCCCAUGUCAAGAGGAUCUCUGGGCGGCCGAGUCCCCGCAGGCGUGGAAGAAACUGGGCGGAACGGAGGCCUCGAGGAACGGCUCGUCCUUUUCGUCGGCGCUCACAACGCUCUUGACUGCCAGUCAACGAGAACAAGAGUCCAUGUCAGGGAAUGCCUCCGGCGGGGAUCUCCAGCCGAGUACCUUUGGAUGCUUGGUCCUCAUCUACGCCCUUCACAACUACAUCUGGGAGACCCGUCAGCGGCAUAUGGGUCGCCAGUGGACGUCCCGAGAGACCGAUGCGAUGCAAGCUCAUAUUGAGCCUGCCUUGCGCGCGUGGCAGACGGCCUGGGCGAGCAAUCCAGUGCAUAGCUUGGAGCGUCCCAAUCCUUACGGAGCGGGUCCCCUGUCGGCGGACAGCAUUCCCCUGCUUGAUCUGGCCUACGUUCGGCUGUUUGUCAAUCUCGGUCGAUGCAAGGAGGCCUUCUGGCAGCGCGAUUGGAAUGCCAUGUCGGAUGAGCUCGCCCGCGGGACGGAUAUCGUCCAUCCGACGGAUGAUGUUCCCGCAGAUGUGCUCGACCCUUCGAUCAUCGGGGAAGGCAACCAGGCAACCCACCUUCGCCGGGAUUCGGUGGCAGACCUUGGUGUAAGCGAGCUUGCGAUUUCGAAAACGCCGACCCAGGAGAACCCUAUGCAAACCUUGCUCCCCGCCCAGCGUUCAGGCCAGUCUAAAAGGGAGCGGCAUCUGCGGAAGGCCGCCUUCUAUGCAGCUGACUCCAUCUCCAUGUCCAAUCAGCUGGGCAACACCUUCGCCGAGUUCACCUGCCGCGACUUGCCCAUCCAGAGCGCGAUGUGCGCGUUCGACUGCGCGCAGGUCUUGGCCGAGUGGGUUAUGACGGUGCAGGAACGCGUCGGACCCUAUCUGGGGCUUCUGGGCCGUGACGACAUUGACCUGGAGCAGGCCUCGAAUUCCAUGCUUCUAGACGAGAAGGACUGCAAACUCCUGGACAAGGUCAAGGAGAUCCUCACGACCAUCGAAGGCAAGAUGCAGAAGGAGGUCCAAAGCGGCGCCUCCGCCGCGGCGUUGAGUGUUUUACAACGACUGCCCAGCGUCGUCGAAGGCGGCUAUGGCUGCAAGAUCCUGGUCGCCACAGCGAGCUUGCUGGACCGUGCUGCAGUAUGGCCCGUGACGAAACUGAUGGCGCGCUCGCUAGAAGCGCAGGCAAUGCGACUGAAGGAGCGCGCUGAAGCUUCCAUCGCGGAAUCCAAUUAA